CAGCCUGUUGCUUUGGUCGCAGCCAGAAGCAGAAUUUUACCUAAUAAAUAGAAUAGCAACACAACGCAAAGCAAGCCUCAGUAACUAUUUAGACACGCGUUUUCUGUCCGCCGCGAUUUUAAAUCACUAAAUCCAAUCGCUCGACGCGCAUCGAAUAAAUAAAAAUCAUUUUAGUUUAGUUCUGUGUUCGACAAGUGAAAUUCACGCCUUUCGAGUUUGGAAAACAACUGCACUCUCUUCUUCUUUUGGAUUAAGCGCAACGCAGGAGCAACGAAAUUGGAAUUAUGAAGGCCACCACGCGGCUUUUCUCGAUUGUGGUGCUGAUCUCCGCCGCACGCCUCGUCUGUACGGCGCAACAACGCUACAACAGCAACAAUGCUGUCGGAUAUCCGCUGGACGACGCGGAAGCGAAGUUAAUACAGAAUGAUUAUUUGCUGGAGAAACGAAACAAACCAUCAUUGUCAAUUGUGAAUCCGCUAGACGUGCUGCGGAAACGGUUGUUGCUGGAAAUGGCUCGCAGGCAAAUGAAAGAAAACACGAGACAGGUGGAAUUGAAUCGUGCCAUACUGAAGAAUGUGGGCAAACGCAUGCAACCAGCGCAAAUACAACAACUAUGGGAAUACCCGCUCAUCCGCUCGCCGUACCGACAGCAAACAUACACAUACUACACACCACAUCAAUGGCAACUGCAACUGCAGCAGCUGCUGCAGCCACGCCGUUACGUCAAUCAAUUGGAGUACGCACCCGACGUGUCCCCCCUCUUUGAUUACCCACAACGACCGGCAUACAUGUACGAUAGCAUCCUGGCAGCAUCCGCUCUGGCCGGUGUUGAGAGCGAAGGCGAAGCUGAGGCAGCCCGACGCACGCAAUUCAACAUCAACGCGCUUGAAGAAGGAGACGCCUCCAAAGUCAAUGGAAAUGAAAUGACCAACGAAACAGCAAAUGACAACAGAAACUCAAACAGCGCCAGCGACGACAGGAAUGAGGCCUCUACAAGACGAACUCAUGGAAAUGAAGCAGCCAGCGUCAGCAACAUCGAAACUAUAGGCAGCAGUGGUGUGCUGACCAAAAACAUGCCCGCCGAUGAGGUGGAAGGAAGCGACAACAAUGCAGACUAUCAGCUACGCUACUUUUACGGUCUGCGUAAGAAGCACCGCAACAUGAAAAAGUAAACUCCCAACAGAUACCUCCAAAACACCACCAAAACACCCAGACACUCCUGAAGACCAUCGAAAUUAUUUGAACCAGUCAGUCCAAGCAUCUUUCGGGGAACACCAAAUAAUUUAAAAAUAUGCAUACUCGUGCUCGUACAAACCGGUUAUUGCAAAGCUUUGCUCUGUUUGGCUUUGUUUUAACUUGCAGAAGUGCUAAAUGUGCAAUUGGUUUUAACAUUUACCUACAUACAUACAUACAUACAUAGCUAUCCAGUAAAAAAUAAUAUAAGUUUUAGUCAUAUGUAUUUUACAUAAAAGUGGAGUGAUUCCUUUAUUAUGUAUAAUAAUGCAUUAAUUGUUGUUUACCAAUAAUUGCAUAAAACUACAGUAUCCAAGUACAUGCAAAUGUAAUUAAAAAAAUACAUACAUAUG